AUGGCAUCAUCAUGGGAGCUGCUGGAUGAAAAGGCCGAGGCAGAGCUUCACAAGCUGCGGCUACUCAACGUCGAAGAGAAGCCUUUCAAGCGCAUCACCAAGCGUCUUGCCGCAAUCUCCUCCGUCGUGUCCACGUCCACGACAACGACCCAAGACAGCGCGUCGAGCCAAAACGGCGACGGCUCGGCCAGCGCAGCGCCUCGGGACUCCGUCAAGGAAGACCUCACGCUCGACUUUGCCGCCUUUGACAGCAGCAUCGCCCGCCUGCAGUUCCUCCACGAGGCUAAUGAGCGCGAGCGCGAGCGGUACGCCGCCGAUCAGAAACGCAUCCUCGCGGAAUGCCGAGCCGUCCGGACCAACAAUGGGCAACUGAGGGUGCAGCUCGACGCUGCGAGGGCGACGCUCGCCCGGCGGAAGAAGUUUGACGAGCUGGCCGAGAGGAUCACGUCCAACAGGUUGCUGCGCCCGCGCGAGGAUCAGCUUGCCAAUCUGUCAAAGCUGGAAGAUGAAUGCAGGGACCUGGAGCGAGAAAGCGAAACCUACAAGGAAACGUGGCAGGAGCGCAGAGACCAGUUCAACAGAAUCAUGGAGGAAGGCAUGAUGCUGAGGCGGCAGAUUCGUGACGAGAAGGAGGAAGUGGACCGGCGCGAGGGUAUGAACGAGGAGGGAGAAGAUGACGCUGAUCCCGACAGGGACGGGACGACACCACGACUAGCAGCUAGUGAGAUUGCAACACCGCGGCCCGACGGCGAAGCCCAGGACAAACCUGAAGGCGAAGAAGAAGACAACAACAACCCUGACCUCGCAGAUACCGGAACUCUCGCCGCCGGGACGCCGGCCCCGGUAAGAGACGUCAGAUCCGCCCACAGGCUGGCUCGAUCUGCAGCGUCUGCGCCGCGAACCGCGGGGCAGCAUUUGCAAGCUUCCAGCGGUGCGUCACGUUCGAAUCAAAAUUACCAGAGAAGCGCAGAUGUCGACAUGGAAAAUCAAGAAGAGGUUGAAGAGCCAGGGCGAGAUGAAAAUAUGGGCGGGGAUGAAAUGGAGGUUGACGAGUAA